AUGGAUUACGGCUAUACUGUUUAUCCGGAUGAGUAUUAUGCAAAUGCUGAGGAGGAAGAAGAAGAAUGGGAUCGACAGGCUUAUCUGGACCCCAUGUGGGAAAUUCAGCAGAAGAAGACUUUCACCGCUUGGUGUAAUUCAUACUUAAGAAAAGUUCAAACUUCAAUCGAAAACAUAGAGGAAGACUUUGCUGAUGGGCUAAAACUCAUCCAGUUACUUGAAACAUUGUCUGAGGAGUCCUUACCAAAACCAGACAGGGGAAAAAUGCGUUUCCAUAAGCUAGCAAAUGUUAAUAAGGCAUUGGAAUAUAUUGAAAGUAAAGGCGUUCAACUAGUAUCAAUUGGCGCUGAAGAAAUUGUGGAUGGCAAUAUCAAAAUGACUCUUGGGAUGAUUUGGACAAUUAUUCUAAGGUUUUGUAUUCAGGAUAUCACUGUCGAAGAGAUGUCUGCUAAAGAAGGACUUUUACUCUGGUGUCAACGUAAAACCGCUCCAUACAAAAAUGUGAAUGUACAAAACUUUCAUAAUAGUUGGAAAGAUGGAUUGGCGUUUUGCGCUUUAAUACAUCGUCAUCGACCAGAUCUUAUUGACUAUUCGAAACUUUCAAAAGACAAUCCAAUACAGAAUUUGAAUUAUGCUUUCGACGUAGCUGAAAAACACUUAGAUAUCCCACGAAUGUUAGACGCGGAAGACAUGGUGAAUACAGUAAGACCAGAUGAACGAUCUGUGAUGACCUAUGUUUCAGCCUAUUAUCAUGCAUUUGCUGGCGCACAAAAGGCAGAGUCUGCGGCUAAUCGGAUUUCAAAAGUUUUAAAAACGAACCAAGAUAACGAAAAACUAAUGACAGAAUAUGAACAACUUGCUUCUGAUUUAUUGGCUUGGAUACAGCAACAAAUACCAUUCUUAAAAGAUAGAACAACUGAUGGGACAAUAUCUGGUGCACGUUUAAAACUAGAUCACUAUGGUGGUUAUCGAGCAUUUGAAAAACCUCCGAGGCUAGAAGAAAAAACCCUGCUGGAAAAUACCUACAACACACUACAAACACGAUUACGGCUAGCGAAUCGUCCUUCUUUUUUACCAACUGAAGGUCGUAUGAUAGAGGAUAUUGAUUCAGCCUGGCGACAGUUGGAAAACUACGAGAAAGGUUUUGAAGAAUGGUUAGUUUCUGAAAUUAAACGUCUUGAACAAAUCGAAUAUUUAGCUAAGAAAUUCCAUUUAAAAUGUUUAACUCAUGAGGCAUGGACUGCUGGAAAAGAUGAUGCUCUUUCACUACAAGACUAUGAAGGUGCUAGUUUAUCAACUUUACGCGCUUUGGCACAAAAGCAUGCUGCAUUUGAAAGUGAUUUAGGCGCACAUCAAAACCGAGUAGAACGUAUUGUGGCUAUUGCUGAAGAACUGAACCAACUGAAUUAUGAUAAACUUCAGUCGGUGAAUGAUCGUACACAAGCUAUCGUUGAACAAUGGGAUAAUUUGGGACGAUUAUCAGAAAUUCGUAGACAUAAAAUUCAUGGCAUUUUAGAUUUAUUGAGUCAAAUUGAUCAUCUUCACCUGUCAAUCGCCAAACGCAUUGCACCUUUUAAUAAUUGGUUAGAACAAGCAACUGAAGAUCUACAAGAUAUGUUCAUUGUUCAUAAAGUUGACGAUGUAAUGUGCCUUAUAAAUGGACAUGAAGACUUUAAGAAAACACUUCCGGCUGCACAAAAGGAAUUGAAUGGUAUACUAACAGAGAUGGAACAAGUGAAAAAACUAGUCGAAACACAUAAUUUAUCACCGAAACUAAUAGAAAAUCCAUAUACUAUGAUUGAUUUUUCAAAAUUACAGUCUAGAUGGGAUGCAAUGUAUUCAUUAAUUGAUGGAAGAGACGAUGCACUACACCAUGAACUUCAUAAACAACAAGAAAAUGACAAGAUUAAUACUCAAUUUGCUCAAAUAGCUAAUCGUUUUGGACCUUACUUGGAACAUAAUUUGGAUUUAAUUCAUUCGAUUGUCACAAAUCACAAAUUUUCACUAGAUGAUCAACUUCAACGUUUAAAUAAAGUUGAAGAAGAUUUACAAUCCUGGAAAGCAACAGUCGAUGAAUUAGAAAAACUUCAUCAAAAGCAACAGAAAUUCCUCAUCACCCAUAAUCCUUAUACACGAUAUACAAUGGAAACUCUUCGUGUUGGAUGGGAACAGUUAAAAACCAAUGUAAAACGUAGUCAAAAUGAAAUUGAAAAUAUUAUAGCCGCUAACGAUUAUCGUGGUGUCACAGAACAACAAAUUGAAGAAUGUCGUAGAUGCUUUAAUCACUUUGACCGACAAAGGACACGUAGACUAGAUCCCUUAGAUUUUAGGGCUUGUCUUGUCUCACUUGGAUUUACAAUACCUAACACAUCUCAAGGUGAAGCCGACUUUAUGCGUAUCAUGAAAACUGUUGAUCCACACUGUACCGGCUAUGUGACCUUUGAUUCAUUUAUGAAAUUUAUGUCACAACAAACAAUGGAAGCUGAUACAGCUGAACAAAUGGUUGACUCAUUUAGAACUUUAGCGGGAGACACGCCAUAUAUAACAACUGAACAACUGAGACGUGAACUUGAACCUGAAUUAGCUGAUUAUUGCAUUAAUCGAAUGAAAGCGUACAAUGGACCAGAUGUUACAAAUGGUGGAGCUUUAGAUUACACUACUUUCGCAACAAGUUUAUAUGGUGAAUCAGAAUUGUAA